AUGAAGUCCUUCACCGCCCUCUUCAUCCUCGCUAUUGCAACUCUUAGCAUAGCCGCACCAAGCCCAAUCCCACAAAAUAAGGUUCCGGCGGAAUACCAAGUCCAAUGCGAUGCAAGCUGCGACCGCCUUUGCAGACAAUUCGUUAGUAUUCCUCUACAUACCGUAUUCCUCUUAUCUACAAACUCUUGCUAAUCUAUAAUCUUCUUAUGGUUAGAGUAAGGUUCGAGCGAAUUGUAAUCCUCAAACUGACGAGAUCGACUGCCUUUGCGAUGUGAUUGGUCAAAUCAGAACUUCGUUUUUCUUUAGAAAUGAAGCUGGAAAUGUUGUUGACUUUAAAAAUCAAUAA